CAUCGGCACCAACGGGCGUCUGUCGGUGCCGUCGAACCGCGAGCACCACUACCGCAACCUGCGCGAGCGGUACACCAACUGCACGUACGUGGACGGCAACCUGGAGCUGACGUGGGUGCAGGACGAGGGCAUGGACCUGAGCUUCCUCAGCAGCAUCCGCGAGGUCACCGGCUACGUGCUCAUCUCGCACGUCGACGUGCGCCGCAUCGUCCUGCCCGAGCUGCAGAUCAUCCGCGGCCGCUCGCUCUUCCAGGUCAACGUGCACCAGGAGCAGUUCGCCCUCAUGGUCGUCCUCUCCAAGAUGCACUCGCUCGAGAUGCCUGCGCUCAGAGACAUCCUGGCCGGUAGCGUGGGCAUCAUCAACAACUACAACCUGUGCCACAUCCGCACGAUCGUGUGGGACGAGAUCAUCACGGGCACCAACUGCACACUGGUGUACGAGUACAACUUCACGUCGCCGGCACGCGAGUGCACGCCAUGCGACGCGAGCUGCGAGCGUGGCUGCUGGGGCGAAGGCCCGCACAACUGCCAGCGCUUCUCCAAGGUGAACUGCAGCCCGCAGUGCUUCCAGGGCCGCUGUUUCGGCACCAACCCUCGCGAGUGCUGCCACCUCUUCUGCGCCGGCGGCUGCACCGGGCCCAAGCAGAGCGACUGCCUCGCAUGCAAGAAUUUUUAUGACGAUGGUGUGUGCACAGAAGAAUGCCCGCCAAUGCAAAAGUACAAUCCCAGUACUUACUCGUGGGAGAAAAACCCAAAUGGAAAAUAUGCUUAUGGUGCCACGUGUGUGAAGAAAUGCCCUGAUCAUCUCCUGAAAGAUAAUGGUGCUUGUGUUAGAAGCUGUCCCCCAAAUAAAAAGGCAGAGAAUGGUGAAUGUGUUUUGUGUGAGGGUCCCUGUCCAAAGAAAUGUGAAGGUGAACAAUCAAUACAUUCUGGAAACAUUAGGAAAUUUCAGAAUUGUACUAUUAUUGAAGGAUCAGUAUCUAUUCUGGAUGGUACCUUCACUGGUUUUCAACAAAUAUUUCCAAAUUACACCUUUGGUGAUCGUUAUAAACCUAUGCACCCAAGUGAAUUGGAAGUCUUUAGUACACUGCGAGAAAUUACAGGAUUCCUGAACAUACAGGGCAGUCAUCCUGAUUUUGUGGACCUCUCUUACUUUAGGAAUCUGGAAGUUAUUGGUGGACGAACACUGACUGAGUAUUUUUCAUCACUGUAUAUAGUAAAGUCCUCUCUUAAAUCACUUGGCUUGAAGUCACUGAAGAAGGUCAAUUCAGGUGCCAUCUUCAUCUUGGAAAAUAAAGAUUUGUGUUUUGCAAAUGGGAUUGAUUGGUCAAGAGUGAAAAAAUCAAGAGAACAUUCUGUGGAAGUCAAGAAUAACAAAAAUGAGAGUGACUGUGCACGAGAGAAGCAAGUGUGUGAUGCUGAGUGUACAAGUGAAGGAUGCUGGGGUCCUGGUCCAAACCAGUGUUUGUCUUGUGCACAUUUUCAGCUUGAUGAUCUAUGCCUUGAGAAUUGCAGUGUGAAACCAAUGAUCUAUGAAGCAGGCCCAAAACUGUGCAAACGCUGCCAUGAUGAAUGUAGGUUUACAUGCCAUGGGCCAGGGCCUGAUCACUGUCAAGCAUGCAAGAACGUACGUGAUGGGCCAUUCUGUGUACAGAGUUGUCCAAAGAGCAAGUACGCUGCAGAUGGGGAAUGCAAACCAUGUCAUUCAAAUUGUGUUGAAGGCUGCACUGGUCCUGGGAACUAUGUAGGAAAGCUUGGCUGCAAUUCCUGUGAAAAAGCAGUAGUCACAGCUGACUUCACUGUGGGUAAAUGUCUAUCAAGCAAUGAGUCCUGCCCAGAAGGCUUUUACCAUGAAUGGGUUAUCUCAAACAUACAGGGUAGCUCACUGGCUACUCUGGCAGGCAAAGCCAUUUGCCGACACUGUCAUCCACGGUGCAAGAAGUGUACGAGUUAUGGCUUCCAUGAACAGGUGUGUCAAGAGUGCAAAGAAUACAAACGUGGUGAACAAUGUGAGGAAGAAUGCCCUCCAGACCACUAUCCGGAUGAUACACGGCAUGUGUGUGAGCCAUGUGCAAAGGAGUGCCGGGGAUGCACUGGUCCCACUGCUGCUGACUGCAUCCGUUGCAAUGGCUACAAGCUGUACAUUGAUGAAAGUUCCACAGAUAAUACAACACAAUUCAACUGCACAGAAACAUGCCCUCCAGAACGUUCUCAUAAAGUCUUUCCUGAUGGACAAGAUCCUUACUGUUCUUCAAACCCAGGGAUCUUGUCACCUUACAAAACUCAAGCUGUGCCAUGGACAACAAUCAUUACUGCAUUUACCAUUUUUGUCAUUAUUGUCCUAGUAUUUGUGACAGUUAUAGUAUAUGUGUGGCGAAAAAAGACAAAAGCAAAAGAAGAUACAGUGAAAAUGACGAGAGUUAUGUUGGAGGACAAUGAACCUCUCAGUCCCACAAGUGUCAAACCAAACCUUGCAAAGCUUAGAAUAAUAAAAGAGGCAGAGAUGAGGAGAGGGGGCGUUCUUGGAUAUGGAGCAUUUGGAACAGUUUAUAAGGGAGUAUGGGUACCAGAAGGUGAAAACACAAAAAUUCCUGUAGCAAUAAAAGUAUUGCGUGAAGGGACAGGUGCAAAUACAAACAAGGAUUUUCUGGAAGAAGCAUACAUCAUGGCAUCAGUUGAGCAUCCAAACUUGUUGCAACUGCUUGCAGUUUGUUUAGCUCAACAAAUGAUGCUUGUGACACAACUGAUGCCAUUAGGUUGUUUGCUUGAUUAUGUGCGCAACAACAGGGAUCGUAUUGGUUCUAAACCUCUGCUGACGUGGUGCACACAGAUUGCCAGAGGUAUGGCUUACUUAGAAGAGAAACGUCUUGUUCAUCGUGAUUUGGCAGCAAGGAAUGUUCUAGUACAGAAUCCAAACUGUGUAAAGAUUACAGAUUUUGGUCUUGCUAAGCUGCUGAGGAUCAAUGAAGAUGAAUACAAAGCAGCUGGAGGAAAGAUGCCCAUUAAAUGGUUGGCACUUGAAUGCAUCCAACACAGAAUAUUCACGCAUAAGAGUGAUGUUUGGGCAUUUGGUGUGACUGUGUGGGAGCUGUUAACAUAUGGUGGGCGUCCUUAUGAAAAUAUAGCUGCACGUGAUGUGCCGGAGUUACUGGAAAAGGGUGAGCGACUUCCUCAGCCGCCCAUAUGCACCAUUGAGGUGUACAUGAGCAUGAUCCGUUGCUGGCUUCUGGAUGCUGACAGCAGGCCAUCAUUCAAGGAAUUAGCAGAAGAAUUUGCCAACAUGGCAAGAGAUCCUGGUCGUUUCCUUGUCAUUCCUGGUGACAGAUUUAUGAAACUGCCAUCAUAUUCAGUUCAGCAGGAUGACAAGCACCUACCUGCCACUACAGAAAGCCCAGAGCCGGCAUCAUCAGUAGGUGAUGCAGAAGAAUAUCCAGUUGCAGGGUCCAUGGGUGUUUCCAAUGUAGCUCCUCAUUCUCACAGUCGUGGGCCUGGGGAUGCGAAGUGCUGGACGCCAGAGUCUCCUACACCACAAAACAGACACAACUGGGAUCGAGAGCUCGUGCGGUGCUACGGUCAAAAUGUGGCAGGCGCUCACAUUCCCACUGUACAGUGUCAGCCCAGCACUGCGAACAACGGAAUCCCAGAGUGUGAUGGGCUACAGGAUGACUAUGAUCAGAACAAGAGGGAGGCACAAGUUGGCGGCAUGAAGCUUGAUCUACCUCUUGAUGAUGACGACUAUCUGAUGCCAUCUCCACAACAGAAUCAGGGUGCAACUAAUUAUGUUGACCUCAUAAGUGAUUCUAAAAUGUCAACAGAUUCGACUGAUUUGUGCAAUGGCGGAUUUGCAACAACAUACCCAAAUUUCAUUGCAAAAACAAGUGUUGACAACCCUGAGUACCACAUAGUGAAUGAUGCAGCAACAGGAGCACCAAACACACUAGGUAUACCAGAUACUGGAACUACAGGUCCUCGACCAAAUCCUCAGCGGCCGUUUGUCCUACAGCAAAAGUCAUCUGAGGAAGAAUCAGAUCACGAAUACUACAAUGACUUUGACCGACUGCAGCAGUGUGAACUUCAACCUCUGAAGCCUGCACGACGCAAUGAGACGACUGUCUGACGGUCACCGUCCCUCCCAGACCCUCAGGGAACACUGGUCUGAGGAGGGGCGGGCAGUGUCGUGAAGACCAGUUGUGUCACUCCUCCCGCAACACAGAGUGGCUCCCAGUUGCUGUGCCAAUUUUCUGAAGAAAGAUAGUGUGGACUGUGCAUGUGCCUUGUUAUUUGAUGUGUGAAUGAGUCUAUUUUGAGAAGAAGAAACUUAAAUAUUCUGACAAUUAUAAAACAUGUAAGUGGGUGCGAAGACAAAUUCCAAAUCUCAGAUUGAUUAAUAUAGAAAGUGGAAACAAUAACAUAUUACAUUCCUUUGCAGUUGUACAAAUCUUCACAGUCUAAGAAUCAUCGUUUUAGGAAGUGUGCUGAGUACAAAAUGAAACAGUAAAGAAAUUCCAGUGUUCUAGUGAACCAAAAAGUUUUGCAAUCAAAAAUUACCUUUACUAUUUACUCCAUUUUGUGUGUGAACUUUUACUUUAGAAGAAUGUGCAGUGAAUUUUCUAAGAAAUCUCAUCUGUUGCAUUAAUGCAAAAGAUCUGUAGAUAUUGGCUAUGUUAGCUAUUACUGAAUUCCAAAGCUGUGGGAAGAGUGUCAAACAAGAACACACAAAUGACAUUUCAUACACAGAGCAACAGAAAUACAGAUCAACUUCUUGUAGUUGAAAGACUCUGAGCUCCCCUCCCGUCCCCACUUCAUGUGGUACUCAAUCUGUGAUACCUUGUUUUUAAGAAGAUUUUAUAUUUUAUUUCUCUUUCAUUUUAUAUUGUCAGCCUAACGCAAAUGUGUAUCUUACUAUGGAUACAGAUUGGCAAUGAAUGGGAGAAAACUUGUAAAUUUUAUGGUUUAUUUUGUAUAUGUAAAAUGAAAUUUGUAUAAUACACAGAAAUCUAUAAUUUGUAUAUUAAUUAAAAAAGAAGUUAAUAUGAAAUAUAUAGUUUUCGAGUAUAUAUAGUAUAUGAAGUGAAGUGUGCCAUUUAAGGUGUGUAUGUGUACAAUCGAUGUUGUUGUAUGUGAAAAAUGUAUUCUUGUAAUAAGUUGUACAAUAUUUGUGUAAAAUUGUUAAGGUUGCAGUGCCUUUUGAAACUGUAAAACACAAGUAAAAUAUUUAAUAGGUGUAGUGUACUUCAGCAGGAGGAUCUCAGUUUCGUUUUAUCACAGAUUAAGGAGGAAAAGGAAAAGAAAAAAAAGCUUUUUUGGAACAAAAGCAAUCAAAAUGCAAAGAAAAUAACUGCUGCUAGCAGACUAUGUGGAUCUGUAAAUGUAAAUGCAAUAGUGUCUUCAGGUCAUGUGAAUGCAGCCCAACAUUCUGUAAUAGAUAAUUUCAGCUGUAAACAUUUUGGUACUAUGACAUUUCUGUGUGUUUUUUUAUUUUUUACUGAUAAUUAUUUGUGUUGUAAAUACAAAGUCACCUGCCACAAAUUUGGGAUAAAAUGAAUAUUGAAAGUUUUAAAGUGUAUGGAGAAAUAAAGUGUCCUAUUUUUAAAA